AUGACUGGCGACAGGCCGCAACAGGCCGCAGCUUUUGGAGACCCACCGAGCGUCCGCCAGCAGCCGCUCAUUACCAUCCACGAGAACGACAACCCCAACCCAGACUCGCUGGCCGCCGGACAUCGCCGCAAGCGGCGCGGUGGCGGCGGCGACGACCCGCUGCCGCCCUCUGCGGCGCGACCGCGGCAGCAGUCACGGGCAGGCAGUGCAGCAGCAGCACUAGCAGCAGGAGCAGCGGAACACGGAGAUGAUAGGCCAGCCAAACGGCAACGCACGGCCAAGGCAGUGGCCCAGGCUGCGCUGGCACUUGCCGAACAGAUGGAGGCAGCGGAGGAUGAGGAGACUGGGGAGGAAGCAGCAGCGCCACCAGCACCACCAGCGGCUGCCAGGCCGCGUCAGCGGCGGCAGCGCGUGCUCGUGGACGUGCAUGGUGGCGUCGGCAUGAGUGCAGCGGGCAGGCAGCAGCUAGAGCCUGAGGAGCGGCUGGAGCGCAUCCGCCGGAACGAGCAGAUGCUGCGGCAGCUGGGCGUGCAGGAGGCGGCCGGCGGCCUGGCAGCCGCGGCUGCGGCAGAGCAGCAUGCAGCGCAGCCCACAGCCCGCAGCCGGGGCCCGCCGCGGCCUCGGGAGCGGCGGCCCGCCCUCCCCGCCGCAGUGCUGCCGGCACGCAAGUCAGCGCGGCAGCGGGGCGACCGGCCUUUAACGCAGGAAGAGGCGGUGGCGGCGGCUGCGACCGAGCUGGGGGCAGCUGCAGUGCCAGACCUAUCCCAGGCAACAGACAAGGAGCUAGAGCAUGGCGCGCUGCUGGAUCUGGAGCAGUACUUCAAACUUAUCGGGCAGGACAUCAGCGAGGCAGUGCACACAGACGGCCGGUUCCACGGCUGGGUGAACCCCGUGGUGUGCGAGCGGUACGGUAUUGCGGGGGGCGCAGAUACCGCGUGGGAGGCGGGCGGCGGCGGCCAGUUCAGCUUCAAAAUCGACAAGAAGGCCAUCCCUUCCAGUCUCAAGGGGCGUGGCUGGAGAGACGCGCGCGCCUUCUCCCACACCCAGCUUCAGAAGAACCCAAACUCAUACUUCUAUCGCCAUGCGCAGGGGGAGUGGACCGAGGAGGAGCACCGGCUGUUUGUGGACACGGCGCGGGCGCACGGCGUGGGAGACAAGUGGGGCCUCUUCGCCUCCUACCUGCCGCAGCGCGUGGGCUACCAGUGCAGCGCCUACUACAGGGAUGUCAUCAUCCCGCAGGGGCUGGUCAUCGACAAGCGCUUCCGGAUGAGCCGCAACGGCAAGGCGGUGUAUGUUGGCUGA